CUCUUGGACAAGCAGCAAUAAGAGGAGGGUUGAACAGUCAGAUGUGUCAUUUUCUCUAGCUGUUCCUUCACUGUAGAGAUCAGCUGUACGACUUUGAGGCACCAGCACCACUGGCACUGACAGGAUGGCACUAUCGGAGUGGACAUCUAUUUUCCUGAAUGAAGGACAAGGUCUCCUGCACGGAGACGCCUGGAAUCUGGAGUUUGAUUCCUCUAUUGUACCCGAGCAGCCCGAGCAGGGAUGGCAGAAGUACAUGAGGAGCACAAGUGCCAGGUUCCAAUGCACCCACUGUCCAAGGGGCUGGCCCUCCAACCGAGUGAUGGUGGUCUUCCACAUGCGGCUGAUGGGCGGGACGGGCACCGUCAAAGUGAAGCGCUUCCGUCAGAACUGCAAAAGGUGCUGCAGCGAGGCCCCGAUGGUAGAUCCCAGCAUCACCGCGGAACACAUCACCGUCCUCAUGAGGAAUCUGGUCAAGAAGAUAAGAAUUAAGUGCUACAAUGAAAACCUGGAUCAAGGCCACUAUGAUCAUGAGAGGAUUGAGGUCAAUAGUCCUCAUGAGCCUGCCCAUUGCGAGGGGUGUAUGGCAGGCAUCUGUACAAGAGUGAGCUGAGCUUUCCGAUUGUUGAGUUUGGUGCCAUUGCUUUUGGCAUCGCUUGCAACUCAACCUUCAAUGCAUGUACCCAAAACUAAUAUUGGUCCCAGACUUAUUCUAGCAGGAAGGGAGUGUUGUUUUGAGAUGGUAUGAGUUUUUUAAUUUGGUGUAAUGCUCAUAUUAAAAGUGUGUAAUGUAUAUGUUGUCAAUUGAAUAAAUGCAUCUCCAAGGAAAAAAA